AUUGCUUCAUUCUGAGGGAACCCUCUUGAGGCGCUGAGCGGCCGCUCGCAUCCCAGCUAAAGUGGAGCGGAAGCCGGCAACGAGCGACCUAGCCCCCGGCGCGAUGGAGACGGCGCCUCAUCCCGUCAAACUCUACGUCUACGACCUAUCCCGAGGUCUCGCUCGCCAGUUCAGCCCCUUCAUGCUCGGAAAACAACUUGAUGGAAUAUGGCACACUGCAAUUGUUGUCAAUGGAGAAGAGUUCUUCUAUGGUUCUGGUGGAAUUGCUAACUGUCAGCCAGGAGGGACCUUACUUGGACCACCUGACUCUGUCGUUGAUCUUGGUACCACAGAAGUGACUGAGGAGUUAAUCAUGGACUAUUUAUCGUCUUUGGGAGAGUCAUCCUUCAGGGGAGAAUGCUACAAACUUUUCGAACAUAACUGCAAUACAUUCAGUAAUGAAGUGGCCCAGUUUCUUACUGGGAAGAAGAUUCCAUCCUAUAUCACAGACCUGCCUUCUGAAGUUUUAUCAACUCCUUUUGGGCAACUCAUUAAACCAAUCCUCGACUCUGUUCAGAUUCAACCAGUGGGAGGAACCAGCAUCAAUGAAAAUAAUCAGAGCUAAUAGAAUCAAUUCAGAGAGCUGCUGCCUGCAGAGUUAUGUGGUCACCAGCCUCACAGAACUAAACAAUGACGUCAAGAAAAAUGAAGAUUUCCCUUCUCAAGUAUCUUUCAUCAUACCUAAAGUGUAGAACAGUUGAAAAGUGGUAGAAAAUUUCUUUACUAAAAUCCUGUUUAAAAUGUGCAUAUACAUUGUACACAUACUUUACUGAACUUUACAGUGCAAUAUUUCAAUUUUCUUGCCCCUCUAUUAGCUGUCUUUGAAUGAACUGUGUUAAUAGGCACUCAUGAAACAUUGCAUUCUUUCUUGCAAUACAAUAUUUUUACCCCUAGAAACACCUGUCCUCUGGAUUCUUCCUGAAAUAUACCACCAGCAUGGACAUGUCAGUGUUUAUCCACUGUAGUGCCAGUAUCAUUGCCAAUGCAUUCAACAAUGCAAGGGGUAACUUUUCCAGUGUUGCCACUGGAUUUAUUUAUUAAAUGUGUUGCAUAUUAGUGAUAUGGGGAGGGGUAAUGUAACUUCAGUCAUUAUUGCAUUUUCAUGUUGUACAAUUGUCUUAAUUGCUCCUCAAAUUGCUGACCACUUAUAUCUCACUCUGAUAUGAUGCCAGUUGCAGAAUCUGCUCUAGGCUUUCAUUCUUUUAUCGCUCCCUUACCUCCCCAGUUCAGGAAUUUUUUCUUCUUGUCCAUUAUUCUAUCUUGAAGGUGGCACAGGUCUCUGAGUGCCUUUUCUUCUGGUACAGUUUCUUGGCAGUUAACUAUUUAGGCCCCAGUGACAUCCUAGUAAUACACUGUUCAUAGCACAGUUCCUGUGAGGUUUGGAGUAAAUCUCAGUCCUUGGACACAACUCUUUAUCUCUUUAUUUAACUUUGUUGCUACCUAGUUAAUUCUCUUUCAUUCCACUGACUUCUGUCUGACCAAGUCAGCAGUGAAUUGUAUACCAACAAAAUAUUGGUUGAAGGAUGGAGUCAGGCUAGGUCUCCCAGUUUCAGACUACCUCUUUAUUAUUAUUAUUCAUACCACUGUUCUCUCAAUUUCCUCCCAUUGUUUCUGCAGUCCAGAAAAUGGUGCAGGUACUGGAGGAUGAUUCCUGGUUAACAAGCAAACUUUCCUUUUCAGCUGGCUACUUGGUGGUUAAUAAGUGUUGGUAGGCACUUUAACCAUCUGAUUUGUAUUCCCUUAAUAGUCAUUCCCCUUGGAAACCAGCCAAACUAGCACAGACCAGGGAGUUCACUAUUCCCAGUAUUUUUGAGGUUCUGUUAAAUAAGUAGACUAGAAACUGUUCCAGUGGUUGAGAUCAAACAACUGCAGACCAUCAAGAUCCCAGAGUUCAAAACCUACUCUCCUGACUUCAGCUGGACUGUGUUAAUCUGGUGUUACAGGAUAGUACAAAGUCUAGGCCAGAGUUGUCAGUUAGUUGCCAGAAUGCAGACUCAGCCCUUGUGGUGGUAAUGGAGUGUUUCAGCAUGCUAUCGAAUGUAUUCCUGGGUUGCCUGAUUAUAUUGUCCACUCUCCAUGUGAAGCCUUGGGAAUUCACAUGGGAAAAUACUGAAUAGUGAACAGAAACUGUUGAUAGUCAUGUUAUUAUCUCUGCCUUCAUUUUGCAGUAGUAAAAUGAAUUGCAAGUGGUUUUGACUGGAUUAACUUGUUUGGUAACUGAAUGACAGCAGCUAUUUUUGUACACAAUACAUUUUUGUGUACUGUGUGAGAAUGUGCAAGCUAUCAUAAACUAGAAUUGACAAGACCUGGGGCUUGUCAGUGAUUCCUAUUAGGUUGCCCUGGUCUAGACAGCAAAAGAUGCUCUUGAUCUUGUUGGAUUGAAAAUAAUAUUUCCAUGGCCAUGAUUUUUGUGGAAGUAGUUUUGGUGUCCUUGUUUGUAGGUCUGCUCUCAGUAUCCUGAUGGUAUCUACUAAAUUUCCCAGAAGCAAACUGGACCAGUUUAAAACACCAGCUAAAGUGAAACCCACUGCAGUACAAUGGGUCGUAAACCAUUGAGCCUUGCUUCUGACGGUGGAUUUUAAACUUUGGGGUGUCUGGAAUGAAUUGAUUGGUAUAUUAAGGAUAAUGUAAACAUUUUACAUUAGGCAUCGUUUUCAGCCUUGCAUGUGAUUGGGGGGGGGG